GUCGUCACUCGUGACAUCUUGGGAUCCGUGUGCGCGUGAGGUCCUGCUUGCUGGAAUUAUACGGUGUGCGCGUGUCAUCAUGUGCGUGAGAAACCCGGGAACAAAGCUCGACCUCGAGCGGAUCUCCAAGGUCAGGGUCAACACACAGGCCGUCUUAAAGAGAGCGCAGCAUAUCCAAGGGCUCAAGUCAGCCAAGCAACAGUGGCAGGCCGCCUGGCUUCUGAAGGCCGUCACAUGUAUCGACCUGACCACCCUGGCUGGAGAUGACACGCCCUCUAAUGUCCACCGGCUCUGCCUGAAAGCCAUCCAGCCCGUCCGAUGGGACCUGAUGAGAGACAUGGACAUGCACGACAAAGGAGUGACGACGGCAGCAGUGUGUGUGUAUCCAUCACGUGUGGCCGAUGCUGUCAAGUCAUUAAAAUCAUCUAACUCCAGCCUUCCUGUUGCCUCCGUGGCCACUGGAUUCCCAGCAGGUCAGACACCACUGAAAACCCGCCUGGAGGAGGUCCGGAUGGCCGUGGCUGACGGUGCCACUGAGAUCGACAUCGUCAUCAACAGGAUGCUUGCCCUCACGGGACAGUGGAAAGCAAUGUACGAUGAGAUCCGUCAGUUUCGAGAAGCAUGUGGUGAAGCCCAUAUGAAGACCAUCUUGGCUAUUGGAGAGCUUGGAACCUUCACCAAUGUCUACAAAGCCAGCCUGGUGGCCAUGAUGGCAGGUUCUGACUUUAUCAAGACAUCUACAGGGAAGGAGGCCGUCAACGCUACCUACCCCGUCGCCGUGGUGAUGGCGAGGGCCAUCCGGGACUACUUCCUGUGUACAGGUCACAAGGUGGGCUUUAAACCCGCAGGAGGGAUCCGGACGGCCCAGGAGGCACUUGUGUGGCUCACGCUGAUGAAAGAGGAGCUGGGUAAUGACUGGCUGUGCCCACAUCUCUUCCGUUUGGGGGCCAGCAGCCUGCUGGCUGACAUCGAAAGGCAGAUUUGUCACCAUGUGACUGGACAGUAUCCAGCCUAUCACGAGCUGCCUGUGGCCUGAAAGUCGAUAACCAAUCAAAACCUCAGUUUGAAGACCAAAGCCCGUCUAUUAAUCAGCGUGUGAGCAUCGAACCUGCUCUUAUUGUUUCAUGUAGGAUGGGUCAUGUUCUCAUACACGCUGUGCAUGCUGUGGUUGUUAUGUGAGGAUUAAUAACAGUCAUUCCUGUUGUCAUGGACAAGGACACUGUGACAAGAAAUAGCAGCAAGGUGAAUAAACAUUUCAUCUAUGUUAACAGUCACACACUGCAUUUACUGUAUUUUUGUC